AUGCCACCAAAAAAUGCUCCAAGCAAAAAGGCCGAGCAGAAAAAGAAAGAAAAAAUAAUUGAAGACAAAACAUUCGGACUGAAAAAUAAGAAAGGAGCAAAGACACAGAAAUAUGUGCAGCAAAUUAAACACGGCAAUGUAAACCAUGCGAAAAUCGAUGCGGAGAAAGCUGCGGCCAAGAAGAAAACAGCUGAUAGUGAACUACGAGAUUUGAAUAAACUUUUGAAGCCGGUGACUGAGAUGUCUAAGGUGGCGCGAGAUGUCGAUCCUAAAUCAGUAGUUUGUUUGUUUUACAAGCAGGGAAUGUGUCAUAAGGGUGAAAAGUGCAAAUUUAGUCACGACUUAUCAAAGGAACAGAAGACAGCUAAAAAGAAUCUUUAUGUUGACAGUCGAGAUUUAUUAAAAGAAGAUGAUAACAUAGAUGAUUGGGAUGAAUCUAAAUUAAGCGAAGUCGCCGAGAAGAAACAUGGAGAACAUGACAGAAAAAGGUUAAACCAAACAGAUAUUGUUUGUAAAUAUUUUCUGGAAGCUGUUGAGAAUAGCAAAUACGGUUGGUUUUGGGAAUGUCCAAAUGGCGACGGUUGUAUUUAUAGGCAUGCCUUGCCAUCAGAUUAUAUUCUAAAAAAAGAUAGGAAGAAGAUGGAAGAGCAUAAACGGCUAAACGAAAUCAGCCUGGAAGAACUCCUGGAGAAAGAACGUGCACAACUUAAGCCAGAAAGUCUUACGAAAGUGACACUGGAAACAUUUAUCUGCUGGAAAAAGAAGAAACUACGAGAGCGGAAAAGGAAAAUUGCAGAAGAAGUAAAAGAAAAAAAGAAAAACAUUAAGACGGGUAAAUCGAUCGGUAUGAGUGGUCGUGAUUUGUUCACCUAUAAUCCAGAGUUAGUAGUGGAAGACGAAGGAGAUAUGGAAGGUGGUAUUGCAUUUGAGAGAGGAUUUGAGGAGGAAGAUAAUGAUGAGUCAGAGAUAAAACCAUUUGAAAUCGAUGAGCGUACAUUUUAUUGUAUCGAUGACGAAGGACAUAUGUUGGAUGACGACUUGUAUGACGAGGAAAAGUUAGACGCAAAGGCAUUUGAAGCUGAUGAGCGUACAUUUUACUGCGUGGAGGGCGGAGGACAUAUGCUGGAUGACGACUUGCUAAACAAUAAAAAGUGGGAAAAGACUGGUAAUAGUAUUGGAAGUAUGGAAAUUAAUGAAGAUUUAUUUAACACAGAUGAAAUACCUUAUUUGGAAACUUCUGACGAUGAAGAUAGUGCUGUUAAAAAGAUGGCUAGAAUGAGGAUAGAAGAGAAAAAUCGAGUUUUAUAA